AUGAUUCUUACAAAGAUGGCUGAAAGAAAACUAGACUCUACGCCUACGUCUCUGUACUUGAGAAAUGGUAAAAUAUAUGUAGGUCUUAAGAAGAAAUAUGCUAUUGAAACCGAAUACGAUGUUCUUAUCCUUAAGAAAAUACCCGUGGAAGAAAACAUUAGAGCUAUAGUUGGACACGAAGAAGGCCUUCUUUUCUUUCUGGACAAGGGUGGUCUCUAUGGUCUUUCGUGGGGUGAUGAUAAUGCUGCAAAUAGAAUUUUAUUCCGGAAAAAGAUUAUAAAUACCGGACUUUAUGAUCAGUCUUCAGGACGUGUUGUUAUUGGCACAAGCAAAGGAAAAGUCCUAGUACUUAACCAGUCUCUUGAAAUAAGUAAGACUUUCUAUGAAUCGCCGUCGGGGAUCAUUAACCUUUCUGUGUCCGAUUUGGGUAAGGUGGCCUGCAUCUAUGAGGUUGACUCUUCUGUGAAGGUGUUCGACUUAAAACAUCCUGAGGUCAAGUCCGUAAGCCUAUCCAAUGGAUUUCCGCAAGCUAUUGCGUUUGUUGGUAGCACUCAUUUGGUAGUUGGAGGAGAUUCUGGAGAACUUUGUGUUGUCGAUACAACUGUUAUGAGCAUUGUAUCCUCCUUAAAGAUUCCUCAGGCAGUCACUGUUCUCCUUUGGAAGGACGGAUAUCUACUCAUUGGGGGAGAAAACAUAUUAUACCUGUCUUCUGUUACAGAAGACCACAUUGAGAUUAUAGAUAGUUAUGAAUGUAAUGGAUUUGUGAAUGCAGUCACUCUUGAAGACGGGUACGCUGUAGUUGGUAUUGGAAAAGAGCCAAGGCUUGGAAGAUGGAAGGUAAAAAAGAAUGGAGAGCACAAGCUGAUUGUUCUGAAAGUAGGGUAG